GAUCGGCCGUAUCAAGGAGAGGGGCUGGCAAACGGAGUGACCAACAUGUCCAACGACAGUAUUCGUUCGGAAGCAAGAUAUCUACCAUCGGGACCACCGCGUUUGCUGGGAUGGAACGUUCCACCCGAAGAGAUUGUUCACAUACCGGAUCAUUGGCUGGUCUAUCCCGAGCCGAACCCCUCCCUUCAUUAUAUGUUGAUUCUCUUGUACUUUCUAUACAUGUUCCUUGCUAUACCCGGGAAUGGCUUGGUGAUAUGGAUCUUUUGCGCCGCCAAAUCACUAAGGACACCCUCGAAUAUGUUCGUCGUGAACCUCGCGGUUUGCGAUUUCAUCAUGAUGAUUAAGUCACCGAUCUUUAUAUACAACGCCUUUAACCAUGGUUUCGCUUUGGGCAACAUUGGAUGUCAAGUAUUCGGCUUCAUGGGCUCCCUGUCCGGCAUCGGUGCCGCGAUGACGAACGCAGCGAUAGCAUACGACAGACAUAGUACAAUAGCAAGACCUCUCGACGGUAAGCUGUCCCGUGGACAAGUGCUCUUGUUCAUUCUGUGCAUCUGGACCUACACCGUACCUUGGGGUCUGAUGCCCUUAAUGAACGUAUGGGGACGUUUCGUGCCCGAGGGUUUCCUAACCAGCUGUACCUUCGACUACCUGACCGACUCGAACGACAUACGAACAUUCGUCGCCACCAUAUUCACGUUCUCCUACGCCAUACCGAUGAUGCUUAUUAUCUACUACUACAGCCAAAUCGUUAGUCACGUCGUCAACCACGAGAAAGCGCUACGCGAACAGGCCAAGAAGAUGAACGUUGACAGCUUACGGAGUAAUGCGGGCUCGAACACUCAAAGCGCCGAGAUUCGUAUAGCCAAGGCUGCCAUCACAAUCUGCUUCCUGUUCGUCCUCUCGUGGACCCCGUACGGUGUGAUGGCAAUGAUCGGUGCAUUUGGUGAUAAAUCGCUCUUAACACCCGGUGUCACGAUGAUACCAGCCAUCACGUGUAAAGCCGUUGCUUGUUUGGACCCGUACGUGUACGCGAUAAGUCAUCCGCGAUACAGGUUGGAGCUACAGAAACGAUUACCAUGGUUGGAAUUACAGGAGAAACCAAUAUCGGACUCGCAAAGUACCACGACUGAAGCAGUAAACGCUCCACCGGCUUCGAGUUAGACUCUAAUUGAAAUUGUUCACUUUUUUUUGUUUGUUUUUUUUUUUGACAACAAACACUGUUAAAGAUACACGAUCCUUGUAUAGCAACUGCAAUAAAGCAAUUUCCUGACA